CCUUGCCUCUGAUCAUGAAGCAAAACUCCAUGAUGCUCUCUUCAAAGACUACUAUAUACUACCGUUACCAGUGGUCAAUGUGACAGACAUACUCAAUAUUUCAUUUGGGCUAUCCAUAUCACAGAUCAUUGACGUUGAUGAAAGAAAUCAAGUCCUGACGUCAAAGGUUUGGGUGAAGCAGCAAUGGAAUGAUUAUCGUCUUCAAUGGGAUCCUGCAGAAUACGGAGGAAUCACAAAAAUUAAAGUUCCAAACGAAUGCUUAUGGAUACCUGACAUACUCCUUUAUAACAAUGCCGACGGAGACUUUGACAUCCAAUCAGCUUCAUGGGCAGGUAUUGAAUACACAGGACUAGUCACAUGGUGGCCACCCGCAGUAUACAAAAGUUCCUGUCAUAUCAAUGUAGCCUACUACCCAUUCGAUGAACAGCACUGCUUGCUGAAGUUUGGAUCCUGGACUUACGACGGGGUAGUCAUGGACUUGACACCGAUCUCGGAAAAAGCCGACAUACGGGACUACUGGGACAACGGCGAAUGGCAGAUUAUCCAAACACCUGGAGAACGACAUGCGGUCACUUACGAAUGCUGCGAAGAAACCUUUAUUGACAUAACCUACACAAUAACGUUACGGAGAAAACCAUUGUAUUAUUUCGCUUACAUUUUGGUGCCAUGUGCCCUCAUCUCGUUUAACACAGUUCUCGUAUUUUAUUUACCACCCGACAUCAGCGAAAAGAUGGCACUGUGUAUGUCGGUACUGCUAUCUAUGACCGUCUUCCUUUUGCUCAUUACAUCCCAGAUCCCAGCCAAUGCUAACCACUUCCCACUCAUUGUUAAGUAUCUUCUUUUCACCAUGCUGAUUGUAUCUUCGUCAAUUGUCCUAACAGUGUUCGUGCUAAAUGUUCGUUUUAGAUCUCCGGACGCACACAAAAUGCCUCGUUGGGUGCGCCGAAUAUUUAUUGACAUAAUACCCGGAUUUCUUGGCAUGAGCCGACCAGUUCAGUACAGUAAACGAUUUCGACAUGUUGGAAUCAAUUUAACAAGAGACGCUAUGGCAAACGGUGCUCUAGACUCGAAUAGACUAGUAAUGGAAAAUAAAGGAAACAGCUAUUCUGUGAGAAUGCGAAGGGAGGUGGAUGUCCAGAUGGACAAUGAAGACUCGGAUGAUGAAGUCGCAGGUACGAGUAAAUACAGACGUGGUCAGUAUCUUCCGUUGCUGACGUCUGCUGAUGAGGAAGAGAAUGAGGCCAUGGUCAUUCACAAAGCUGUAGAGGAAAUUAUGUACCUGACAUGGAGAUGCGCCAGUGAGGAAGACAGUUUAAGGGAAAAGGAAGACUGGAAGUUUGUGGCCAUGGUGAUAGACCGUAUCUUCCUCAUCAUUUACAUUUGUGGUAUCUUCGUCGGAAAUGUCGUCAUCAUCUUUCAAGCUCCCUUGGCUACUGAUUUUUUCCGCGAACUUUUCUGUUGCUACGAGGACUGGGCUAUGAACGGUCUUCCACUUAAUUACACCCCACCAAUAGUAAUUGAGUAAUUUGGAUUUCAAACUAUCGUACCAUGUAUGAGGUAAACAUAUUUUCCUGGGUAUCUGUGUUUCGGUGAAAUAUGAAGCUGUGCUUCAGAAGCCGUCAUCAAAGAUAGUCACCAUUUCUCAAUGGCGAUAACUGAGGAAAUUCAGUCUCUGGCAGCAGACUCAAUCACCACGAGCAGAACAGAGUUUGUGAGUGGACAUGCACAAAUUUCAAACAUUAAGAGCCAAGUAACAAACAGGCACUGCUGUUUUCCAUGAUGAUGAGAAAGACUUGACAACGACCAACUGUACGGUCUGUUGCAUUAUGUGCUGCUGUUAUUGUUGUUGUUGUACACGUUAUUGUAGCAAUACAACAAUACAAGAAAUGCAUUGCUAUAUAACCAACUAUUAUCAAGUCAAUUUGAUAUCUAAUCAUGUGAAAGGGAUGGUGAAAUCAAAAUAGCUGGGAGAAACAUAUUCUUCACGGAUUCUCACAGAAAAACAAGCAGAACUUCUGUACAACAUUAUAACUAUUUCAUACGACAGUGGGAAUUGUCUUCCAGGAAAAUUCAAAGAAAGUUCAAACCAUUUAUUUCGUGUAUAAUGUUGAACGCUGGUGUUUGAGUUAGGGAGAAAGAAACUAGCAACAAACAGAACCCCGCUUCACAAGUAAGGGUAAUAUUCAUAUUUUCGCCGCUAACGAUGAUGAUGUGGUUCACAUAACUUUGUAAACCCGCAUUCGGUGUCGGAGCUAAGUUCUGCCGCUUGCUUCACGCCAAAACAGACAGAGAACUCGGGAAAAUCCAUUGAUGCAAUGAAAUGGAUUACCUCCCUUAUUUUUCUCUACAAUCAAGUAAAUUCAUAUACAUGUAUUUGAUGCCAAUUUUUAUUUCACUCAAUGCCAUUUAGGAUCUUCUGAAUUAGCAAUAUGGUUAGGGUUGCCAUAUUAAAUGCCUGGGCUGAGAUGGGGACUAAAUGAUAAUGUUGUUUGUCGUUUGGAAGUAAAAGUAGGAAAAAUACAAUAAUUAUAUAUAAUAUUCUUUUUAUUUCUUAUGCUGAAUAACGAGUGCAUGUUGAAAAGUACACAAUGACAUGCUUACAAAGUUAUAUCAAAUGACAUUUAAAAUAACAUUUAAUAGUCAAGGUAAAAAAGCAUUUUUACCGAUAACGUAGGAUGUCGGAAUAUUCUCUUUCUUUAUGAACUGUGUCAUAUUAAUUUUAAAGCACCAUUUGGACCGAUAAUGUCCAUCGUUUGUGGAACUCUUAACCUGGUGUCUUUCAGAAACCAUAUAGUUUUCUGAGAAAUAUUAUUUGUUAGGAUUAGAAUUGUGUGCAUUUUCGAAUGAUGAUAACUUAUUAUACAUUAUUAUACAACAAGUGUGCUUUCCUUGGCUUUCCUGUUAUUCAUACCCGUAUUCAAUAAUGUAUUCGUAAAAUAGGUUAUCGAUGAUAAAAUUAUAUGAUGAUUUAAUCCAAGUAGCGGUUAUGAGAAGUUGGUAAGAUAAGCCAAGACCAUUGUGGGGAGUUGUACAACUAGAUGAACAAGAGUAUAUAAGUAUAUUUAAUGAGCAUGUCUUAAAAUAUCUCAUUUUAUGAAUAGAUGCGCCCGUGGUAUACAAAUGUUCCUGAAAAUCCUUAGGUAGACAAUAAAUGAAAAAAAAACCCGAACAGAAAUAUUUAGAAAACGGAACUUUUACGGAAAUUUAGUAUAUGUUACUGACAGCACAAUCUCAAGCGAAAUAUUUAAUGUAAACAUGGCACAUUCUUUCUACCAGUGGACUCCUUGUAAUUAUACCCAUACAACCUUUCAUUAGGAGGAACGACAAAAUCUUCAGUUUUAAAUAUGAAUGAAAUCCUGGAGAUUUAAAAAAUAAAUGUUUAGAAUUCCAGAUAUAUCCAGAAUUUGAUUUGUCCCCAUAGUCGAUCUUGAUUAUUUUGAAUCCAUGCAAUUUAGAGUGUACAUUAAAUGAACAUCAAUGACGGAAAACGUAGUCCACUCAAAUUCAACUUAUUGCCUUUAUGUAUAAUGAAAGUAAUGUACCUUUAAGAUCACCAUGCCUCGUUGGCAAAACAAGCAUCCAACGAUGAAAAUGAUAGUUCAUUCCUUUGGUAAAUAUAUUUCUAAUAUCUUUCUUCCAUCACACCUUGUUUUGUAGGGUAUUAAUAAUUGCAAAUAAACAAUUUUAUUAGAUUUUAUAUCCAUGACUUUUCAUCAAAGAAGUGAUUUCACGACUGGGUCAUGACUAUAACAUGCAAAAAAUGUUUCCUGAAAUGCGCAUUAAGACACGUAAUUAUCUUUUAUAAAUAGAUUUUCUAUACAUCACUUGGUUCAAUCAUAAUAUUACUUGUGUAAAUGUUAAAUUUGAUAAUUUGCAAUAAAAAAGAGUAUUCCUUUUUAUCUA